AUGGGUCCACAUCUUCCUUCUGAGCUAGAAUGUCACGCCUAUGUCACACCCAUGUCAUUUAGGGAGUUGGUGGACCUCGUCUUCUACUUCACCGAUGGGCUACAAAAUUGGGCAAAACAAGAGUUACAACAAAGGGGUGUCAAGUCCGUAGACGAAGCUAUUGCGGUAGCUGAGUCGUUGAAUGACUUUCGUGCCCAAAAUCCUUCCGAGCCCUUCAAGAAGAAGGAGAAGGUCGUGGCCAAAAGUGGGGGAGAAAGGCGAGAUAGUAGCCGUCCAUCCAACUUGAGGAGUGAUGAAAAGGGAUCAGGACGAGAAGAGUUUGAGGCAAAGAAGAAGGCUUUUGUCCCAAAAGGUGGGUGCUUUGUGUGCAAGGGGCCACACCGAAUGAGAAAUUGCCCCAAGAUGGGAUCAUUGUCAGCGAUAAUGGAGAAUCGCAAAGGUGAGACCCAAAAGGCAGAGUCGGGCAAGAUGGGAUCGUUGCAACUCCUUAACGCUCUUAAAGCCGGUCCAACGUUAAAACCAAUGAGCAAAGGGCUCAUGUACGUAGAGGCACGAGUGAACAAGAAGCCAACCCGAGUAAUGGUUGACACGGGGGGCACUCAUAACUUCAUGGCUGAAGAUGAAGUUGUGAGACUUGGGGUAGAGUGGACCAAGAGAGAUGGUUGGAUAAAAACGGUGAAUGCAAAGGCACAACCCGUCAAUGGGGUAGCUUACGGGAUUGAGAUGCAACUAGGCAGUUGGAGCGGGCCAGUAAACUUCUCAGUCAUCCCCAUGGACGAUUUCAAAGUGGUGUUGGGUAUGGAUUUCAUGAGGCAAGUCAUGGCGAUUCCUUUGUCCGCACUAAGCUCAGUGUGCAUCCUCGAGAAAGGAUCAUAG